CUACUCAGCCACCACCAGAAAAAGAUAACGAAAAUUAAACCCAAUCUUAAAAUAUAUGACGUUUUUCUCUUCUCGCAUCUCCUCCUUCCAUUGUUCUCCUUUCAAAUUUCUUUCUCUCUCUAUACCAUUUUUCAAGUACAGAAGAGAGAAGAAUUUGAGGAGAAACAAUGGAGACUGCAAUUACUAUGUGUAACCAUGCUUCUCUCGCUUUUGCACUCUCCAGAAAUCCGAACUGUUCGUCGAAAAAUGCUGCUAAAAUUGUUUCAUUUUCGUCAUUAUUGCCUAAUCAAUUGAUGAAUUGCCGUACCUUAUCUUCGGCUGCUUUGACGAAGAAGUCUUCUGUUUCACAUGUUCAGUGCUCUGCUGCUGGACCUGCCGCUACUGUUCCUUCUGAUAAAAAGAGUCAGUUGAUGAGGAGAAAUGACAUUAGAAACAUAGCUAUUGUUGCUCAUGUCGAUCAUGGGAAGACUACUUUAGUUGAUGCUAUGCUGAAGCAAGCAAAGGUGUUCCGAGACAACCAACUUGUACAAGAGAGGAUAAUGGACUCUAAUGAUCUUGAACGAGAAAGAGGAAUCACCAUACUCAGUAAAAACACAUCUAUUGCAUAUAAAGAUACAAAAAUCAACAUCAUUGAUACUCCAGGGCAUUCUGACUUUGGAGGUGAAGUGGAACGCAUACUGAAUAUGGUUGAAGGUGUUCUUUUGGUGGUGGAUUCUGUGGAGGGUCCUAUGCCACAAACAAGAUUUGUUCUGAAGAAAGCGCUAGAAUUUGGACAUGCUGUUGUGGUUGUGGUUAAUAAAAUCGAUAGGCCAUCUGCUCGCCCUGAUUACGUCAUCAAUUCUACUUUUGAACUUUUCAUUGAACUUAAUGCAACUGAUGAACAGUGUGAUUUUCAAGUCGUAUAUGCUAGUGGCAUUAAAGGAAAAGCUGGGCUCUCUCCUGACAACUUGGCAGAUGAUCUUGGACCUCUUUUUGAAUCAGUAAUCAGAUGCAUCCCUGGACCACGUAUUGAAAAAGAUGGCGCCUUACAAAUGCUUGUUACAAACAUAGAAUAUGAUGAACACAAAGGGAGGAUAGCAAUUGGACGUUUGCAUGCAGGUGUUCUUGAAAGGGGGAAGGAGGUCAAGGUAUGCACAUCUGAAGAUUCAUGCAGAUAUGCAAGAGUAAGUGAGCUUUUUGUGUAUCAGAAAUUCAGUAGGGCUCCUGUGGAUUCUGUAGAUGCAGGAGAUAUAUGCGCUGUUUGUGGUAUUGGAGAUAUUCAGAUUGGAGAGACAAUUGCUGAUAAAGCUUAUGGUAAACCAUUACCUGCAAUAAAGGUCGAGGAGCCAACAGUCAAGAUGUCAUUCUCAAUCAACACCUCUCCGUUUGUUGGCCGUGAGGGAAAAUAUGUAACUAGUAGAAACCUAAGGGAUCGACUCUAUCGGGAGCUCGAGAGAAACUUGGCAAUGAAAGUUGAGGAUGGAGAAACUUCUGAUACUUUCAUUGUUAGUGGGCGAGGAACUUUGCACAUUACAAUAUUGAUAGAGAACAUGAGAAGAGAAGGAUAUGAAUUCAUGGUAGGUCCUCCCAAAGUUAUUAGCAAGAAGAAGGAUGAUAAGUUACUUGAACCUUACGAGAUUGCAACCGUGGAGGUGCCUGAAGAACAUAUGGGGUCCGUUGUUGAACUCCUGGGUAGAAGACGUGGACAAAUGUUUAAUAUGGAGAAUGUGGGAUCUGAAGGAACAACGGUACUUAGAUAUAAAAUUCCGACUCGUGGUCUUCUUGGGCUGCGAAAUGCAAUUUUAACUGCUUCUCGAGGCACUGCUAUCCUGAACACCAUAUUUGAUAGUUAUGAACCAUGGGCUGGUGACAUCAGUACUCGUGAUCAGGGUUCACUAAUUGCCUUUGAAGAUGGUACUACAACAUCUUAUGCCCUCACUAGUUCGCAAGAGAGAGGCAAGAUGUUUGUUGGACCUGGCGUGGAAGUUUACAAAGGUCAGAUAGUUGGCAUUCAUCAGAGACCAGGUGAUCUAUCACUGAAUGUCUGCAAGAAGAAGGCAGCAACGAACGUUCGUUCAAACAAAGAAACAACAGUGGUUCUAGAUACGCCCCUAGAUUACAGUCUUGAUGACUGUAUAGAGUACAUUCAGGAGGAUGAGCUUGUGGAGGUCACCCCUCAAAGUAUCCGAAUGUGCAAGAACCCAAAGUUGGCAAAGAAAGGCAAGUGAAACGUGAUAAUCAUGUGCAACCCGAAGUCAUAGAUGAUAAGAUUUUGUUUCGAGAAUCGUCGACAUUGAGGUUGACAUCCUAUUUAUAUGGUGCAAAUAUAUGGACAAAAUUUGAGGAAGGGGCAUUACGAAUUUCUCAUAUAUGGUCACAUCUAUAGAUUUUUGGUAUUUUUGCCGAGAUGAGAAUGAAAUUAACAGCAUCACUACUCACAGUUGCCAAUAAAUCAUAAACCCUUGUUCUUGUGGUCAUUUUGGUGUGGGUUGUAUAUGCUUACAAAAUUUUGUUAAUUCUCCAAUUAUAUGAUGGAAGUUGUAACAUAACAUUAAUUCUCCAAUUGUAUGUUUGUAAGUUGAUUGUUUGUGUGUUGUAGCUAAACAUUGAUUCUUCAAUUAUACUAUAGUCUAUACUCAA